UGGUGGAAUAUACUACGAAGCCCCAUGGGCUUUUAUACUAGACCCAUUUCGUAUUGGCAGAAGACUCCCGACGUGUGUGCAGGUAGGAGCCAGCCAAGUACGACAGUCAAUGACGCGCUUGCCAUGAACAUUACUUCAACGUUGAUCUGCUUCCCAUUCCUCAACUUUUACCUCUCACCUUCGAUUCCUGGGACUGUACACUGACGCCCCAGCACCAUGGACGACGAAUGGCAAGAUGCUGCACUCACGAAUCGACACCUCCACAACCGAGUCGGCAAGCAAGGACGCGGGAAAGGCGGGAAGAGUAAUGGAGCAUUCGACGUUCAUAAGACGUUUGGAACAUAUGAGGUGAAAUGUCCUGCUGCGGGAAAGAUUGGAUCGAAGAAUGGAGGGCAGAAUGCUGAGGUUGGGAGACUUGAGAUCUAUAAUUUGAAUGAGCUGGGGAAUGCGUUGGUUGGGGAGUUGAUUUUGCCGGGUGUGCUGCGUGGGACUGUUAUUUUGGCUGGGAGUAGGAAGGGUAUGAAGGUGGCUGUAAGGGCUUUUGAGGAUGAUGAGGAGGAAGAGAACAAGGAGGGGUCUGGUGAAGAGGGAGAUGGGGAUGAUGUGGAGGACGAGGAUGAACAGUCGGAUGAAGAAGAUGAUCGUGAGCAGCAACGACAUCGGCAGUUCGAGAAGAACAGCUUCCGCAGUCCGAAGUUUUGGUUGAAAUGGCAAGGCGAGAUGUUGAGCGAGGCAUCUUCUAGCGAGCAUGAUAUUCCUGAAAAACACGAAGACGAGAUUCAGGAAAUUCCAGACCAGAUUCUAGUGCCGGUGGCAUUGCAAGGCGGUAGUACGCUCGUGACCGAUUCGGGAUAUCUGGUGUUCUCAGGCAACAACUGUGAUAAGUUCCAAGGCACUGUGAGUUGUCAAAUACUUGGCUGGAAAAAUGUGAAGCUGAGCGGAUGGAAGCUCAAGAGUCAACCUGCGCGAGAUUUCAAUGUGCAGUGGAAGACGUAAUUUUUUCUACGGCUCAUUGGAUAUGUGAGAAAACUUUUGGAGCUGGGCAAAAGAGGAACUCCCAGCAAUGAAGACGAACAUCAAGGUAUCAGAUAUCGCGGCGUGGCUGCACAAGUCGCUCGCAUGCCUUCAGCGAUCGGCCACAACAAAGCUCUUCCUUCCGAUCUGUUCCACCACCAAUUGGAUCCUCCUCAUCCCCUCUCCUCCGCUCUCACAGGCAAUAGCAGAUCCGCUUCCACAUCUCUAUCCCGAUUGACCUGGUCGCACAUCAUCUUCGCCAAUUUGCGGGCAGCAAAAUCGAUCGCAUCUUCUCCUUUUUCGAGCAGCAGGUUGAGUGUUGAGUUGGCCCUGCUGAUCGGUGCUGAGCUGCCAGAGGACGAGCAGGCGGAGGGAGACCGGGAGGCGGGAUUGGAGUAGU